AUGUCUAGCUUCCUUGGAAAAUUAUCUCCAGCCAAACGUAACAAUGACCUUCCUCUGUUUCAUUCAAACCAGACUUCAAUGGAGCCUCAGAGAUCUCCAAGAGACACGCCUAGAGUCACUGCCACACUCGCUGAGCUUCUCAUGAAUCAUGUGGAGGAUUCAAGGAAUGAUCAACGAGCUUUAGAAAUGGCCUCACAGUCCACUUCUUCAGCAUCUUCUAUAUCAUCUUCCCCGUUUGUUCUUUCCUUCAAAGACUUAACCUACAGCGUCAAGACACGCAAGAAGUGUCACCCUUUUGCUACAAACGAUUCUGCCACCAACACUAAGAUACUACUAAACGGUAUCUCAGGGGAAGCCCACGAAGGAGAGAUGAUGGCUGUUCUUGGAGCAAGCGGGUCAGGUAAAUCAACACUCAUCGAUGCAUUAGCCAACCGUAUCUCCAAAGACAGUCUCAAAGGCUCCAUCACCUUAAACGGUGAAGUUCUUGAAUCAAGACUCCAGAAAGUCAUAUCAGCUUACGUGAUGCAAGACGACCUUCUCUUUCCCAUGCUCACCGUUGAAGAAACUCUCAUGUUCUCAGCAGAGUUCAGGCUCCCACGUUCACUCUCCAAGACCAAGAAGAAAGCUAGAGUACAAGCUUUGAUCGACCAGCUAGGGCUAAGAAACGCUGCAAGAACCGUGAUUGGUGAUGAAGGACAUAGAGGCGUGUCUGGAGGAGAAAGGAGACGUGUUUCAAUAGGGAUAGACAUAAUACAUAACCCUAUUAUACUCUUUCUUGAUGAGCCAACCUCAGGGCUUGACUCUACAAGCGCUUACAUGGUUAUCAAAGUGCUUCAGAGGAUAGCACAGAGUGGUAGUAUAGUUAUCAUGUCUAUACAUCAACCUAGUUACAGAAUCAUGGGGCUGUUUGAUCGGUUAAUCUUCUUGUCUAGAGGAAACACUGUCUUCAGCGGCUCUCCGACACAUCUCCCUCGGUUCUUCUCAGAGUUCGACCACCCUAUACCUGAACACGAGAACAAAACAGAGUUCGCGCUAGACCUAAUCCGAGAGCUUGAAAACUCACCAGAAGGAACUAAGAAGCUUGUCGUGUACCACAAGGAAUGGCGUGCGAAGCACGCAAACAUUGGCAAUACAAAAAACAACGUCUCUCUCAAAGAAGCAAUCACCGCGAGUGUCUCUAGAGGGAAACUUGUCUCCCAAGAAACAAAUUACGCAAACCCUUUCUGGAUAGAAAUGAUAGUCAUAGCUAAACGUGCUAUACUUAACUCGACGAGACAACCAGAGCUUUUAGGUAUGCGUUUCGGAGCUGUUAUGGUCACAGGAAUCAUCUUAGCCACAAUAUUCACGAAACUCGACACUUCUCCCAAAGGAGUCCAAGAACGUCUAGGGUUCUUCGCCUUCGCAAUGUCCACAACGUUCUACACAUGCGCAGAAGCCAUCCCUGUCUUCUUACAAGAACGUUACAUAUUCAUGAGAGAAACCGCUUACAACGCGUACCGAAGAUCCUCCUACGUCCUCUCACAAUCCAUAAUCUCAAUCCCUUCACUCAUCUUCCUCGCGGCAAGCUUCGCAGCCACCACUUACUUCGCGGUGGGACUCGCUGGUGGCGCUAGUGGCUUCCUCUUCUUCUUCCUCACGAUCUUGGCUUCCUUCUGGGCGGGAAGCUCGUUUGUAACGUUCUUAUCCGGCGUCGUUUCGAAUGUAAUGCUAGGUUUUACCGUCGUUGUAGCGAUCUUGGCUUACUUCUUACUCUUCUCUGGCUUCUUCAUCUCUCGUGAUCGUAUCCCUCUCUACUGGAUAUGGUUUCAUUACCUUUCGCUUGUGAAGUAUCCUUACGAAGGGGUUUUGCAGAACGAGUUUGAAGAUCCGACCAAGUGUUUUGUUAGAGGGAUUCAGAUGUUUGAUAACUCGCCGCUUGGGGGAGUUUCGAACGAUGUGAAAGUGAGUUUGCUGAAGAGUAUGAGUGGUGUUUUGGGGGUUAAUGUGACGGCGGAGACGUGUGUGACGACGGGGAUUGAUAUUUUGAAGCAGCAAGGGAUCACGGAGAUUAGUAAAUGGAAUUGCUUGUGGAUCACGGUAGCUUGGGGGUUUUUCUUUAGGGUUUUGUUUUAUUUCACGCUCUUGAUUGGGAGUAAAAACAAACGGAGGUGA